UUUCAAAGUAAUUUUACGAUGUUUACUGUAGAAAUUAUUCAGAAAAAUGCAAGUACUGAAUCGAAAGAUGAAUUAAUUAAAAACUGUCAACAAUUUUUACACAAAUAUGAAGGAAUUUCUCCAGGAAAAGUUCUAUCUGACUUUAAUGACUUUGAUUAUUUAACAAAUAAUGUAUUAAGUAUUAUUUUGGAUGAGAAGAUCAAAAUUUCUGAUAUUGAAAGUGGUUGCCACAACUUAAGAUGGGUAGUUUAUAGAUUAGAUGGAUUUGGGCCUCAAGAAGAUGUUUUACAAGAUUCCGAUGAAGUUUUAACAUUAUCUACAAAUUGGAUUUUACCAUCUGCUGAUUUACAUUGUUUAUGGGAAAAUUUAAUUUAUGAAAACGAAAUAAAACAGAAUCUAUUAAAAUUUGCUGAAACAACUUUAUUAUUCAGUGCAAAUAAAAUAGAUCAAAAUAUUAUAUCAUCCAAUCGGAUGGUUUUACUUCAUGGUCCACCAGGUACAGGGAAGACAUCAUUAUGUCGAGCAUUUGCUCACAAAGUCGCUGCACGAUUACGAGAUCGUUAUACGAAUGCUCAGUUGAUUGAAAUCAACAGUCAUAGUUUAUUUUCAAAAUGGUUUUCUGAGAGUGGGAAAUUAGUCACCAAAAUGUUUGCACAUAUCCGAGAUGUAUCUGAGGAUGUUAAUUCAUUGGUAUUUGUCUUAAUUGAUGAAGUUGAAUCACUUGCACAUGCUCGUACUCAAGCUCUAUCAGGUACGGAACCAUCAGAUUCUAUCCGUGUAGUAAAUGCAGUAUUAACACAAAUCGAUCAAAUGUGCAAAUAUAACAACGUGUUCAUUUUAACAACAUCAAAUAUGACUGAAGCUAUCGAUUUGGCAUUCGUUAAUCGUGCAGAUAUCAAACAAUUUAUUGCUCUACCAUCAGCGCAUGCUAUAUAUCAAGUUUAUUAUACAUGUUUACAAGAAUUAUUAAGAGUUGGAAUAAUUUCACCUAGAGAUGUAAUUUUACCGCACACUGCUCUCUUAUUAGUUGAAACACAUCCAAAUACUGAUAGUGCUGUUUUAUUAGAAAUAUCACACUUGAGUGUGGGUUUAAGUGGACGUACUUUAAGGAAAAUUCCAUUUUUAGCGCAAGCAUUAUUUUUAAAUAAAAACAAGUCGUCUUUACGUGAAUUUUUAGAAGCUAUGCGAUUGGCUGUUCUCAAACAUAUCGAAGAUACUAAUUCAAUUGAAUCGAAAUAA